AACGAAACGAAGUAUACGAAAUCACACGGAACAAGAGCAUCACAGAAAUAUUUCCUCAGUGUGGACCAUGGAGAAAGGCUUGACCUAACGUACUACAAUCAAUUAGAUAUCGUCAUCGCAAUACUGUUGAACUUACCUCUAUUUUGAAAAGUUGUAAAAGAACAUGUGACAAUUCAUAAUAUUGUUUUAAUUGGUACAACAUAGACAAUUGUAAUAGUUGAGAAAAAACUGGAAAAUAUUGGAGAAUUUUUAUUUUAUAAGAUAAAAAGACAUAUUUCAUAAAUGAUUUUAAGAAGAUUCCAUACAUUCAACACUUUUUUGAAAGAAAAACCAGUCAAUUUAAAAAAUAUGAAGCACAGUUCACAAUUAUGGCUAACAAGACAAAUGAAAGAUCCAUACGUCGAAUUAGCAAAGCAACAAAACUACAGAUGCAGGAGUGCCUUCAAACUUCUUGAAUUAAACAAAAGAUAUAAAAUUUUUGAGCCUGGUAUGAACGUGGUCGAUUGCGGUGCUGCUCCAGGAAGUUGGACUCAAGUUGCUGUUAACUUAACAAAUGCAAAUGGCAAAAUGGUUGAUGAACAGAAAGGAAAAGUUAUUGCCAUAGACAAAUUGCCAAUGCAUCAUGUAGAUGGAGCAAUAGUCUACGGAAAUAUGGAUUUUACACUGGAAAAAUCAAAACAAAUAAUAUUAGAUUCUUUGCAAGGAAAAUUUGUUGAAUUAGUAAUGUCAGAUAUGGCUCCAAAUUCAUCAGGUGUGAAGGAAUUGGAUCAUGAAAAUAUAAUAAGAUUAGCUUACAUGACAUUACAUUUUGCACUGAAAGCUACUACUUUUGAAGGAACCUUAAUUGUUAAAUUAUGGGACGGAAGCAGGUCUAGUGAGUUUGAAGAAAAUGUUGCCAAAUUUUACAGGAAAGUUAAUAUUGUCAGACCUCAAGCAACGAGAAGUGAAUCUUCAGAAAAAUUUAUCCUUGCUCGAGGUUUUAAAGGUAUUCAAAUAAGAGCAACUGAAAACAAGUAGUUUUGAUAAGCUUUUUGUACGUCGAUUACCGAAAUGUAAAUAUAGUUAUUUAUUCAUAUCAUUACAUGGCAUUUUAAAUUUAGAUGAAACUAAUCUUUAUGCUACAUUUUUAUUUCCUAAAAAUGAAUGAAAUUAAAUUUUUAUUUAAUCGCUUAAGUAGGUAAUAAUAAUAACAAAGAAUCAAUGUAAGAAGAAAUAAUAAAGACGCACAAUUAUGCAAUAUACAU